AGUGGAACGGCUUUGGAGCGCAAAUGUCCGCCCAGGAGCUCUCCGGAAAUUUAACUGAAGCUGCUGCGUUACUAAACAAUAUUUUGGCGUCGGCAGAGACAAUUAGAACAUUGUCUAAUGCAACCGGGCAACAGUCACAGGUUGCCUCAGGUGCCGACACGGUGGAGAGUCGACUGGUGUCACUUUUUCCGUCUCGCAGCCGCAGCAGCCGCAGCAACCAGCCACAGCCAGCUGCUGGUCCGGUCCGGACUUCCGUGCCGCGGUAUGAAGCUCAGCAGAGCUUUGGCACAUGGACAUGCACAAGGAGAAGAAGAGCCCCUGCACAGCAGCAGCAUGACCAUUUCAACAAAGAUGUGAUACUUCGUCCCAAUCCAUCAUGGGGAAUUGUCUGCAAACAAGGCACAAAAGUAUGGCUACACAAACAUGGACACAUCCUCAGUGCCUUUGAGUUCCAGAAGUUCUGGGACCACCAGACUGUAAUACAACGCAUCAGGGAUGGAUUUGGUGAGCAUAUUCCAGAAGAUGUCAGCCUCCAGUUAUUAAUGGCUUGUGGCAAUAAGCUGGUGUGCCCUAAACUCCAAAAGGGUCAGGAGCUGAAUGGAAUUCUUAUCCAUAAGGUUUAUAAAACUAAAGCUCUUUAUGUAAAACCAUCAAGGAUGCUUUUGGAGGACAAUGAAGACUAUAACCAACAUGGUGACAGUCAAGACAAUAACCAACUUUCAUCUAAUGCCACCCAUUCAACAUCAAAAAUGAAAACAAGGGCUAGUAUUUGCAUUAGCAGUGAUGAUGAAGAUUGCUCUGGCACCGGCCCCAGUGGGGAAAGACGUAACCCGAAACCUGGCACAAGUGGUCCUGAUGGAGGGUGUCCUGCAGGAAGUGAUGGUACUCCUGGCCCCAGAUGUCCUGAGAGUGGUCCUCAUGGUACAAGCAGUACAAGAGGCACAAGUGUUCCCGAUGGAGGAUGUCCUGCAGGAAGUGAUGGUACUCCUGGCCCCAGAUGUCCUGAGAGUGGUCCUCAUGGUACAAGCAGUACAAGAGGCACAAGUGGUCCUGAUGGAGGGUGUCCUGCAGGAAGUGAUGGUACUCCUGGCCUCAGAUGUCCUGAGAGUGGUCCUCCUGGCUCAAGCAGUACAAGAGGCAUAAGUGGUCCAGAGGAAGUCUUCCUUGCAAGACAUGAUGGAACAAGCAGUCUUGAUGAGGACAACUACUCUACUUAUUUAACACUUGUUGGUACUAUUCCUGAUGAUAGUUCUGAGGAUGAAGGAUUACAGCAGGCAAUAGUUGCCAGUAUGAAGAGUCGCAUUGUUGAAAAUGUUCCGGUUCAGACGAUACUGCUGGAACUGGCCAGCAAAAUUAACGUAAAUAGGCUGUGCAGAUUUAACAUAAAUAGAGCUGCUGUUUGGGAGGGAGCCAUUCGGGGAUUCAAGAGGUCGUCCUAUGAGCCCAACCUGAUGAUGUCUGUAAAGUUCUCCGAUGACAUGGGAAAAAUCGAGGAAGGAGUUGAUUUAGGAGGUCCAAGGAGGGAAUUCUUGAGGCUUCUAAUGGAGAGCAUUGCAAAGUCCACCAUGUUUGAGGGAAAAGAAACCAGCAAAAACAUUGCUCUCAACAGUACUGCUCUAAGAGAGGACUGGUACUACAUAGCAGGCAGAGCCAUCGCAAUAAGUUUGGUACAUGGUGGUCCCCCACCAAACUUCCUCUCACCAGUAGUAUUUUCUUUACUGGUUGAUGAUUCACCAAAUCCAGUCUUGGAAGACAUAGCUGAUUUGGACCUUUUGGAGAAAGUCAUAAAGGUAUCUGAAAGCACAACCAUUGAGGACCUUGAGAAGGCAAAGGCAUCUCUGCUUGACUAUUUGGCCAAUGCAGGUUGUCUGAGGCCUCUUCGGUCAAUCAGAGACAGGGAUCUGCUGGUACAAGACAUUGUUAUGUUUCAGGUCAUCCACAGGGUUCAAGGUCCAUUUCAAAGAUUCCGUGAAGGACUGAAAACUCUAGGGGUUCUGGAGAAAAUCCAGAAACAUCCAGACAGCUUUCGUCCCCUGUUCUGCUUUGAACCAAGCACCCUGACUGCUGACCAGGUAGAUGAUCUUUUCAACAUUCGUCUGUCACCAGAAGGGAGCAACAAGAGAGUUGCAGAGGAAGUGGUGAUUACCUACUGGAGAGACUAUCUUCAAGAUGCAGAAGAAGAAGGACCAUCUAACCUGCAAAAGGUAUUGGCCUUUGCAACUGGCGCGUCUGUUGUCCCUCCCAUCGGCUUUUCACCAAGUCCAUCCGUGGAAUUCAUUCAUCAAGGAGAUGAUGACUUCUCUUCCACGCCAAUGUUUCCAAAGGCCAACACAUGCAUUAACUGCAUCAGGUUGCCUCUCCAUGUUUCAUUCCAGGUCUUUAAGGAAAAGUUUGACUUUGCCUUAGGGAACACCUAUGGAUUUGGCAGACCCUGAAUACCAUAUGCAUAAACAUUUGUAAGUGUCACCUUUUUUUUGUUAACUCCAACUGUCAUUUAGACAUUGUUUAUUAGUUUCACAAAUUGUUCACAAAACAUAUUUGAAAAAAACAAUAACACAUAGAUGCAUAGCCUCCUUACCGAAAUACGUUCAGGAGUGAGGAAAACACAUCAAUGCCAUAGUUCCCAUCAUUUUCCACAGGAUUCACUUGUCGAAUCAUGUUCAUUGUGGUCUCAUUGAUUGGUAUGUUAAUGUCUGGAAUUGUAAUGUUGUUAUUAGUCUGAAGUCCUGGCAAAGGUUCAUGUUCAUUGAUGUCAUAGUGGGUAUCCAUAUUAAUAAUGUCAUCUAUAACCGGUAGAAUUCCAAUGCUGUUAAUAACACCUGAAUGCCAUAACUGAAGAGGUGUCUGGCCCCCUUGUGUGGAGAGGCCAUGGUUGUUCCACUGGUUAAUAAAUUCUGUCACUGCCUGCUGAAUUCUUGGCAAAUAAACAUAAUGCAGACAAAAAAGAUGUAUUUCAUUCAAUGAAUCG